AUGUUUAAAGCAUCCAUAAAUUUACUGAGAUAUCAGCCCAAGAAGCCAUUGACAAUUGCAUCAUGCCGCCUUAUGGCCACUGUACCAGAGAGAAAGUCGAAAAGCAACUUUCAACUGAAAACACCUAAAGGAACUCGAGAUUACAAUGAAAAAGAGAUGACUGUACGCCAAGAUUUAUUCAAUACCAUCACUCGAGUAUUUCAACGUCAUGGAGGAGUAACGAUUGAUACACCCGUUUUUGAAAUGAGAGACAUACUGAGCGGCAAAUACGGAGAAGACAGCAAACUGAUAUACGAUUUAGCGGAUCAAGGAGGCGAGGAUUGCUCAUUACGAUAUGAUUUAACAGUGCCAUUCGCUAGAUACCUUGCCAUGCAAGGGAAAAAGGAUGCUCAGCAAAUGAAACGUUAUCAGAUUGCUAAAGUAUAUAGACGAGACCAGCCCAUCAUGACAAAAGGCCGAUUACGAGAAUUCUACCAAUGCGAUUUCGAUAUUGCUGGUGCUUAUGAUGCUAUGAUUCCAGACGCCGAGAUUCUCAAGAUUCUAAGCGAUACCAUGGAUGCCGUCAAAAUCCCGUUCCACAUCAAAUUAAACCAUCGUCAAAUUUUGGAUGGUAUCUUUGAGGUAUGCGGUGUGCCACAACAACACAUUCGGUCUAUAUCGGCUGCUGUAGACAAGCUGGAUAAGCUGUCAUGGGAGGAUGUCAAGAAGGAAAUGGUGCAAGAAAAGGGGUUGGCAGAAGAUGCGGCAGAUCGCAUUGGAGACUAUGUGCAGCUGACGAAAGAUACACCUAACUUGCUAGAGCACUUGCAGAAUGAUCAAGCAUUGAUGGCUCAUGAAGGUGCUGCCAAAGGGUUAGCAGACGUUAAAUUACUGCUGGAGUACCUGGAGAUUUUCAACGUGCGCGAUCGUGUCAAGUUGGACUUGAGUUUGGCUCGAGGAUUGGAUUACUACACUGGCAUUAUCUACGAAGCUAUCACAGACAAAUCUGAAGGCGUGGGGUCCAUUGCAGCAGGAGGACGUUACGACAAUCUUGUGGGGAUGUUUUCAGGUACAAACAAGGCUGGUAAACCCAAAACGAUACCCUGUGUAGGCGUCUCUAUCGGCGUUGAACGCGUAUUUUCUAUCCUCAUGUCGCGUCGCAACAUCAAUGAUAUCAAGAGCAAUGCAACUCAGGUCUAUGUGAUUUCUGUGGGUGAUGGGCUUUUGAAAGAGCGUAUGGAACUCGUGCAGGAAUUGUGGGACGCUGGCAUCAAUGCAUCAUUUACACUGAAAAACAAACCCAAACUUGAAAAGCAAUGGCUGGCUUGCGAAAAGGAGCAAAUUCCGUUUGCUGUCAUUGUCGGUAAAGACGAAAUUGAAAACAACCAAGUUAGAAUCAAGGACAUGAGAUCCAAGAAUGCAGAUCAAGGUGGUGGACUAGUGCUGGAUAGAAAAGACAUGAUCUCUGAGCUAAAGAAGAAGGUAGAUCCAUCUCUUUGCUGUUAA